UUUCCCCUCUAUAGAAAAAUUGUCCUCUUUUUGUCAAGCAGUUUUUAAUCAAUCAGGCGUAGACCGUAAAAUAUUUCUAAUUUGCACUUCGUACGUAAACAGAAAUGUUUUUCGUAAAAAUUUGUCUUCUUUUCUACUUAAUUCCCUCCUCACUACAACAAAAUGAAGUAUUCCAUGAAGAACUGUUUGUCAAACCCCUGGCCAGUGGUCACGUAAAUACAUAUUUCCAAUUUGCGACUCGAUGGAAACUUGGAGCCGGUGAAAAUUUGCACAACACCAACUUCAUACCUCGAGCUAUCGCUGAAAUCCUUUUGCAUUUUGAUUUGAAAGAGUUGCACAUAAGCCUCACGCAAGGCCUAUGGCGCUAUGAAAGUUGGGGCUAUCCUGUGGUAGAUGCUCCUCCCGGAGCCGAAGCAUGGGCCUGGUUCAGUGGAACAAACCUCACCCAGGCAGACGUUGAUACCCAAUGGAAAGAUCUGGCCAGUACCUUUUCUGGGAUUCUAUGCUCUUCGUUGAACUUCAUUGACAAGACGAACAGUGUCGAACCAAAGUACUCAUUCAGACCCCGGUUCGGAGCCACUAAACAGGAAAAGUUUAUAAGAUAUUCCUCACUGCCCCGUGAAAUUGUCUGUACCGAGAAUCUGACUCCAUGGAAGAAACUUCUGCCUUGCGCCAGCAAAAAUGGAUUCGUUUCAUUACUCAAUUCAGGGUUCGUCCAUAACACGAAUUUUCACUCCCUGGGAAUAUCGUUGCGCACUUUCUGCGAUGACUUUUCCGAAGGUUGUCUCAUUGAACUUGUCCAAACUGCAAAUCUCGUCUAUGAUCCCAAACUAUUGGGCAGCAAUGACUUCUCCCUGCGAAAGAUGUUUGGCCAGGGAAUGAAUGGUGCUUGUCCAUUGGCAAGUUCUAGUAAAGUAUACGUUGACAUGACUAACAACAAGUAUACCCUGUCUCCGUCCCCAAAUUACAACUUCACGUCACUUCGUGGUGGCAGCUCGGUUACCUUUGGAGUCUACGAUGUCCAGAAAGAGACCCCCAAUAAAUUGUUCAAUGUUGCAUGGAUACUAAAGGACAAAAAAGUGUUGGUUCCCCAAUCGCCAGCUCCACCAAUUUAUGCCCAUCGUUACAUAUUGGGCCAUGGUCAGGAAAACGGUCAGAUUGUCACCCAAAUAACCAACACCCACUGGGAACCCCUGAAUAUUCUGCUCCAAGAGAACAUUCCUUGGUUUGUACCCUCAUAUAUGCACACCCUUAAACUGAUGAACGGAGAUAAACCCAUCGAGCCGACAGAAGUGCACUACAUUCCAGGAGUUCAACGCGAACGUCCCUAUCAUCUUGAAAUAGCAUUUAGAAUUCCAGCAAAAUCAAGUGUUCAGGUUUCAUUUGACUUUGAUUACAUAUUUUUGAAGUGGCUGGAGUACCCUCCAGACGCCAAUCAUGGACAUUACCUAGGAUCAGCUGUGAUAACAACACUCCUCCCAAUUGGAAGAAACUACACAGCCAUUCCAAUCGAUGGGUUUUUGUUCGCUGAUUGCUUCAACGCCAGUCGGUCUUCGUAUUUCCUACAGAUUCGAACAGAAUCAUUGAUUCUCUCACUUCCGACACCCGAUUUCAGUAUGCCAUACAAUGUCAUUUGUUUGGCGUGCACAGGAGUGGCAUUGGCGUUUGGUCCGAUACACAGUGUGGCAACUAAGAAGAUUGUCAUCGAAAACAAAGAUGAGCCACAAACGUUGUUCGGAAAGCUGAAGGCUAAACUUUUUGGUAAGAAGUCCAAGGAUCUAAAAGAAGGUAAGGCUGAUGCUGCAGAUGGAGAAGCAGAAUGUCCAGAAGAAAUGGAGGAAAAGGCGGAGUAGUUUAAAGCUUUAUUAAUUUAAUUUUUGUUUUGCUUAAAUUAUAAAUUAUAAUAAAAUAAGAAAAAUCAAA